GGGGGAUCACGCUCGCCAAGGCUGCUGGUGUCCAUGGUGGACUUUUCUAGUGCGAGCGGAGUUGUUCUUCCGCAGCAGGAACAGGACGGCGAUCAGCGGCCGCAAGGAGAGCUAGGUGACGUUGGCGUGGACCAGCAGGAAGACGAAGAGCUGCAUGCAGCUGGCUUGGGCGGGUCGUCGAGUCGUGGAGGCGGUGCUGGAGGAAUCGGUGGGCCGAGGUUUCAGUCUGUAGACGAAGGGGAGGAUGACCCGGGGCGGCGAGCAAAGAUGAAGCCACGGGAUCAGUGGAAGGUGGUCGACGACGUACACCUUACACCAGAAGAAGAGAAGGAACUUUAUGGGAAAUUUGUCGUCUUAUGUAAUAUAUUUAGAUGCAGCUGGGCGCGCUAGUAAUUAGCUAGUUUUCUUAGACGGGUGAUUUGUGUUGAUCGUGGUUUUCUUGAUCCAGCUGUAGCAGCUUCUAGGGAAGUAGCUGCAUCGCUAUAGGUCGUGGCUUUGUCUUUCGCGUCCUUUACAGCUAGUACUUCAACGGAAAAGGCGCGCUGUGGACUGUGGUGUCAACUGGUUCUAUUCUCUGUUUGCUAGUGUAUGAGUAAUGUCCACUAGGGGAAGGCGGCGCGCCUUUUCCGGAUUUUCUUCUAAUACAAGCUGGACCAGCAGAAGGCGUUCCUCGCCUCACUCGCGCAGCCAGGGCACCCGCAUUGGUAUAUUGACGAUGGUAUGGCGAAAAAGUGGCGGCGAAUUUUGUACAGCAAGGAGAAAAGGGUCAGCCACCGCAUAACGGCAGGCUGCCACAAGACGAAGCUCGAAGGACUACGCUUCGAGGGGAUCGCGAG